CCGAUGAGGCCCAGCGCCCCCAGCCGCCGCGAGCAAGCACGAAACCUCGGCCUCCCCCCACCUUCCCCACCCGCGGGGGCGCGCGGCGCCGGGAACUGACCGUGGUGCUGAGCGCGCGACUCGGGCUCGGGCGCGGCUCCUAACCCUGCCAAGGCCGAGUCCUGCGACAGUCCUGGCCCCAAAGGUGGGAACAGUGACUGCAGGUGUGGGGUGUUUCCAUCUCCCUGUCACCUGCCUACAUGGAGGAUCCAAGUUUAGACAUCACCACUCAGCUUUAAUGCCAAGCAGCUGCGCCACUGGCAGCAUGGAGUUGAAGCGAGGAAAGACCUUCAUCAAGUCCAGCUUGCAGAUUUCCCAUGAGAAACUCCCAGACUCAGAGGCCACUGGCCCUACCAGGGAGGAUGCAGGUUCCUGCUCAGUCUUGACAGGAGGGCAGCAGUGGGCCCAUGGUGAGAGGCUGCCCCACGUCAAUCCCAGCACCCAAGGAUACGACGGGUGCCCUAGCAAGGGGGUUCAGCCAGAGCCUGAAGCUGGGACCUCCUUCAAACUGGUGCGGAAGAGCAAGACUCAUGACAGUGUGUCCGGGGCUGGCAGGGUGGCUGCGGCUGUGGGGCAGUUGGUGGGCAGUGCCAGCUUCCCAGGGUCCUCCAGCGGUCAGCGCAUGAUUGACUACCGCCACUUCGUGCCCCAGAUGCCCUUUGUGCCAGCUGUGGCCAAGAGCAUCCCAAGGAAGAGGAUUUCCCUGAAACGACCUAAAAAGUGCUUUCGGAAUCUAUUCCACAUUCGCAGAAGUAAGACUGAGAACUUGGCCUCUCUGGUGACAGAGGGGAAGAGUCUGCCUUCCCCGAGGGGUGCAUCAGAGGCUGAGGGGCAACAGGGAGCAGCCUUCUUCCCCCUGGCUGAGGGGCUGGGGCGGGAUUUCCAGUUCCAGGACCUGUCUGACAGUGAGCUCCAGCCUGACUCCUCUUUUGACCUCUGUAGGGUUUUGUGUGAGGAUGUGGCCUCCCUGAAGAGCUUCGAUUCACUCACAGGUUGUGGGGAGAUCUUUGCAGAUGAGAGCUCGGUGCCAUCCCUGGAGCUGAAUGAGGGCCUGAACAGCCCAGCAGGGACAUCACAGGACAGCAAGGUCCUCAGGGGCCCCUCCCAGGGCAGCGCCGAGCAGCUGGCCUCACCUGCCCACGAGAUGUCUGACUUCGCCAAGUUCUGGGAGAGUGUGAAUCACUCUGUGAAGCAGCAGCAGCGAGCCCUGCUGGGCCCGUGGCUUGGGGGUUCUCAGGGGACAGACACAGGUCCACCCAGGCUGGAUGCAGCUGGGCUCGCUGAGCUCCCCCUGUGCUCCUGCAGGGACCCCCACAACAGCUCAAAAGCUAGCUCCAUUGACACGGGCACCCCCAAGAGUGAGCAGCCAGAAUCUGUGUCCACCAGUGAUGAGGGUUACUAUGACUCCUUCUCACCGGGCCUCGAAGAAGACAAGAAGGAGGCCCCUAGCCCAGGCACCACUGUGGCCGCCUUCCCCCGGGACAGCUACAGUGGGGAUGCCCUCUAUGAGCUCUUCUAUGACCCCAGCCAGGGCCCUGUCGAGCCAAGCCUGGACGAUGACUUGUGUGUGUCUGAGAGCCUGUCAGGACCAGCCCUGGGGGCACAGCUAUCUAUGUGCAGCUUCCAUGUGGGAGCAGAAGAGAACCUGGCCCCAGCUCCAGGUCCAGACCUGCUUAGCCAGGGCUUCCUGCAGAGCUCCUGGAAGGGCAAGGAGUGCUUGCUGAAACUCUGUGACACGGAGCUUGCCAUCACCAUGGGUAUCAUCAACUGGCUCCGCCGAGGCCCCGAGCUCCGCACCUCGCCUGCCUCCACCCCCAUGGAGUCUGCAGUCCCAUCCAAGGGACCAGUAGAGAAGCUGGGAGCUGGUUCUAGAAAGCUGGGCCCAGAUCCAGUGAAGUUGGAAGACAGGGGGUCCCGGGCCUCCGAUGCAGGUAGGAUCACCUCGGGCACAUCAGCCAGCAGGAAGGAGCUGUGGGGACAUUCAGGUCUCAAGGACCCAGUUGCUGGAGAAAGCAAGGUCCUAGUGGGUGCCAAGCAGGGGGCCACUCCUCCACCCAGGGACCCCUAUCUGGAGUAUAUGCCUGUAUCUAGGGAAGAAGAGACACAAGGCCACCCUAAAGGCUUAUUCUCUAUGGCAGCUGCAAUUUCCGAAGCAACAGAUACUUCUGGCAAAAAAGAGGUCCCAAGCCCCUCUGCCUGGUCCAGCUCCCAAGGGCCCAGGUCACCUGGGAACCUAGGGUAUUUCCAAGGUCCCUGGAGGCCAGGCCUUGGGGGAAGCACCCUGGAUGCAGAACCCACUCUGACAAGCUUUGUGGCCCAGAUGGCAGCCCUGCAAAUCCACCCAGAUGGCCAGCACCCUGCUGCACAGCCCCCCAGGCAGGACACAGGCAGUGGGAUUUGUGGACAGCCUCAGGCCAGGGAUGCAGACUUGCAGCAGCAGAAACAAUUUAACAGCUCCCCGAGCAUGGCUGCAGUCUGCGGUCUGCCCUCUCCGUCCAGCCCAUUCCACACUCUGCAAGACCAGAAGUGCCCAAGCUGUGUCUUGAACCUGAGCCAGCUGAGGAUGGAGCCCACUAGGCUGGACGUCCAGGCCCAGGCCACUGUAGGGGACCAGCCCCUGAGAUUUAGCUCGAGGGCCAUGGGGCAGGCAGCCCGCAGGGCACAGCUGGACUCCUAGCUUCCUUUGGCUCCUGCUUGGCUCCUGCUUCUGUCGUCGGGCCCCUGGAGUCUCCUGCCAGGUAUCCUGUGUCUCACUUUUAAUAGCCAACAGGAGGGGCCCCACUGAAAGUACCCCAGAGAGCUGCCCCAAUGAGCCUCCCAAUGAGGAAGGAGGGAGCAGUCCAGUCACAGGCUUGCACUCAUUCGGUGCUGUCUUUGUGGCUUCAUUGAGGAGAACCUGAGAUCCACAUCUCCACCCUUUGUCCAGAUGUGAGGACUGUGUUUGGGGGAGGGGGCCAGUAGGACUCAGACAAGUGGGUCAGGUGUUUUCUGUAGGAGUGUCCAUGCCUGAACCUGCAACUCAAUUCAGAUGCGGCACGGGACAAUCCGAAUGCAGGGUGCCUCACUGAUUUCCCCACAGUCUGAUGUGGGGAGUUGACUGUGAAGGGACAACUGACUGCAGCCUGCACAACAUGUCAGAGAGGGGAGCCUGGGCUUGAAACUGAAAGGAAGGAAAUGGUAUGGACUGUGAACCGGAAGUAGAGCAAACCUGUGCAGGGGUCAAGGGUAAGGUAUAUGUGCACGGAGCAUCCAGGGCUCAGGGGUGAGAGGCUCCGUGUGGGAGAUGAGUGGGGUGGGAACUGCAGCCUGGCUCAGGUAUGCCCCAGGAAGAGCAGCUGCAGCGCACUGGGGCCUGAAGAGCUUCUUGGUGGGAAGAAGCAACAACAUCUGCCCAGCAUCAGCAAGAGCCCUGAACCAGAGAUGCCGUAUGUUACUGAGUGACCCUGCCGGAGCCAGACUCUGCCACCUGGAUGAUGGGUGUUGGUGAAUUCAUGGAAUGCACAGUGCUCUUUGGGAAAAGCUGAUUCUCCCCAACCAUCAUGUUCUUCACCUCCCCUGCUGUCAGCAACACCACCUUUCCCCUCAGGAACACACACCUGUGAAUGGGGCUGUCCCAACCCCAGCCCAGAAAGCCAUACACCCAGGAUCUCAGAGAAGGAGGUGGCCCCCAUGGUUGCGAAGGGCCAUUUGGCUUUAGGAGAGCAGGUCACCAUGUCUGUGUUGGGUGCUUCCCCAGCCAAUGGGUUGCAGUGAAGUGGAAAGGAUGGUACACUGUGGAUAAUUUCUACAGGAAAGACCAGCAGAGAAUGAAGGAGGCAAAGGAGAGGAGGUCUGGGCAGAGGGGAGCCAUCAGACCCCUGGCCUGAGGCUUCAUGUUAGUAUAGCUAAUGCUCACUGGCCCUACUGUGUACAAGAGGCAACCCGCACACUGUAAGUUCAAAAGUCCAUGCCAAGACUCUAGAGCAGGCCGCCCAGCCUGGGACACUGAGCCAAGGCAGCCAGGCUUCCUCGGGCCACACUUGCACUUUCAUCCUGGGACCCAUGGUCAUGGUUGCAUCUCCAAACCUUGCUGUGAGCAGAUUAUGUGGUGAAGAACUCACCCCAUCCCAGCAUCAACCUAGAUCAACAAUGUAUGUUGCUGUGUUCAUUUCUGAAAUGUGAAAACUGAAGCACAGAGCCCAGGUGUGGCCUGCACAGCUACUGUGUGGGAUUGGUGGGUGACGUCCACCUCUACUCCAAGGUCAUCUUUUCACCAGACCCCAGCAUGGCGCUCCCACCGCAGGCCAUGCCUCCUCCUCUGAGAGCAGACAUGCCUGUCUUGGGCGCGUGCUCUCCUGUGAAAGCUGGGAGCUCAAGGGCUGUGCUGUGCUGAAGUCAGUGCUUAGUAAACAUUUGUGAGAAAAUGAAAUACCCCGAGAUCGCUGUUUUUCUGAUUUCUUCUUGUUUGCCAACUUUGCGUCCAGAGAGUAGGUAAUGGGCAAAAAACAUAACCCAGGUCCUGGAAAGGGCAGGAACCAAAGAGUUGAGGCCAGGCCAGGUUUGGGGGUCUGUGGUGAAGAAGGCAAGACCAAAGGGGAUUCCGAACCCAGGGGCCAUGCAGGCCUGGUCUAUGGAUACUGGUGCCCCUAGACACAUUGUAAGCGAUCCUAGCACCUCAGAUUUUCAUUCAGCAAUGGGAGAGGAGCCACAUAAACACACGUGAAGCAUUAUCACUUUUUCUUGCUCAGUGUAUCAUAAGCCUUUUCCUUGGUUUAGCACGUACCUUUUGCUAGAAAAAUGGAGGCAGACAAUGUGAUCAUCCUGUAUUCAGUGGGUCUGAGGCUCUCUCAGCCCUCCUCCUUACACCUUUUCCUCAGGCUGUUCUCCCCAGAAAGUGGGUGUGCUUUGUUCCAAGGGUCUCCAGAUGUCCCACUGAGGGGAAGGGGAACUACAGGCCAACUUCUGGGACCAGCACUUCACCUGACACUGGACAUGGACGAGGCCUUGCUGGGGCCUUUUCAGAACUCUAGUUGUUUCUAACCUCUUGUUCAUACAUGGCUUUCAAGGUUGUAGGAAUUUUCUUUUCUUUUCUUUUUUUUUAUAGAUGAAGCAAAAUGCUGAGAAGUAGGCCCAGUAGUCACCAGUGUACAAAGACUGAGUGACUCACCUUGCACACACAAGGUUUGCAUGGGGGCCUGUGCUCUGUGCCUUCCAACCUGUGAGCUGGAAGAUGCUCGCCGGGAGCCAAGCAGCCUGCUAGCAGAUCUAAUGGUGCAGGGGCCUGAGCCCUUCAGCAGCAUGGCUGGGAGGUGACCAGAGGGCAUGGAGCGAGCAGGCAGUAAGCAUUGACCCAACCCUGGCAGGGGAAGAGCCUGUGAGAUAAGUCAGGGCAUGUUUGACCUUUCUGGUUUUACAUUUAAUUUAAAAUUGUUAUGGAAUGGGAAUAAAUACACAGGGUGCAAAACUCAGAGUGCAGAGGAAAAACAAUGAAGAGUGAGCCCUUUUUCUUCCUUCUUUACUCUGUUGCUUUGAUUACAAAAUUAAUUCCCAAAAAGUGCAGCCGUGUCAGACAGUGCCUCGUGCAGGGCCUAUCUUAUGCAGCCACUAUGUGAUCUCCCAUGCUGCUCUGCGCACUGCGUAGACGCCCGUGAACCGUGAUCACUUCUGUUGCACAGCAUAUCAUGCGCCUUUUCUUUGGGUUUAGCUGGUGUCAGUGGCAGGUUAGCUUCUCCAUGCUCUUGGGUAGCUGUACAGCAGUCUCCUCUAAGCAGCAAUUAAUGUAAACAUCUUUCUGGGGCUGGAUAUUCCAGUUAUUUCCCAUUUUGGUGUGACCAACAAUGCAGCAGUCACUCUUUUAUUCUCCCAAAUGUUUCCUAAUAAAGCUCUCUUCAAACUAUGAAACUUAGCUCAGCCAUGAAGAGACACCUUUCGUAUGCAGGCCCAGCCUCUAAGCCCUGAUGUUAGUGGUCUGGGUUCCAUAGUAAACACACGUAUGUACCUUUGGGAGGAGAAAUGUGGUUUUGUUAUUAUGUCAAGACUUUGGAAACUGUUGCUCCCAUCCUCACUACACGAAAAAACUGCGCAACUGAAAGUGAAUGAUUUUUUUGGACCUAUUAGAGGAUUGAGGUUGCAGAACAAAUAAGUUGCACGAAACCAGGGGCAACAGGAACAUCAGAGAAGCACCCCCACUGAGACCUGGGGCAGAAGCUGCAUGAUGCUGAGAGCUGGCAGGAGUAGUGAAGAACAGCUUGACAAGUUACUGCAGGUUAAGUGAGGCACUGGGGGGCUGGAAAGUAAGUGGAGGGGCCUGCAUUUUCACAGGUUAUUCUUCUAAGAACCACAUUAUGUUUUUAGGGUGAGAAUAAGGAUUCCCUCAUGGACCUGGCAAAGAUGAAUAGCUACUGUGAAAUCAUCCAGAUUUUUCUCCCUAGUAGGCCUACUGCACAAGGGAGGAACUUUCCCAGAGACUGUUCUGAAACCUUUCCAGAUCUAAGGGAACGGAACUCAUCCCACUCCAGAGCAUGCCAGCCUCCCUGUCUAAGAAAAAGAACAGAGAGAGAGUGAGAGAGAGACAGAUAGACACAGACACACACACACACACAAUUGGGAAAGGACUUUAAGAAAUCAUACUGGGAAGUUAGGUCUGAACAGACUUCUAAAGAAUAGUCCCACUUAAGAGGCACACACCCACAAAAAACUGAGACCUAAUUAGAUAUUAAGAAAAUGAAGGAAGGUCCCUCCCCUCCUUACCUCACCCACACACUAAUAAACUUUUCAGUCAUAAUAGCAGUAUAUUACAACUAAAAGAGUCACAAUACAAAGACUCUAAAGAAAAACAAAAAGAACAAAAAAGGGAGGAAAAUAUGAAGCUCAACAGAAUAAUUAGAAACUUCUGAUGCUUAUAGCUAUGAUGAAUACUAAAACAACCGACUCUUACAUUAAAAAUCUAUUUGCUUACUUACAUUAAAAAUCUAUUUGCUUCAUUAUUUACUACCCUAUACAAUUUCUCUGACUUUCAGCAAAAAUGCUAAGUCUACUAAAGUUAAGAAGAAACAAAGAGCAAAACUAUCAUCAGUAUCAGAUUCCUAGUUGUUGGAAUUAUCAGAUAAAGAUUAUAAAGUAAGGAUGAUUAAUAUGUUAAAAAUUCUAAUGACUAAGUAGAUAACAAGCAAGAGUAGGUAGUAAUAUAAAAUAGCAGAGUUCUAAGAAAGCUAUCAAAAGAAAAUGCCAGAAAUCAAGAACAGAAAUGCAAAGUUCCUUCAAGGGGUUAAUCAGCUGACUCAACUUGGUUGGAUACAGAAUCAGGGAUCUUCAGUAAAAAAUAACUU